GUCCUGAGGUAUGUCACUGUGUUGCGUGAAUUGGUGGCUUGAGGGCGAGGAUCUGAUAAAGCGAGGUGAGGUGAGGUGAGGUGAGCGGAACGGCGAGACAGGCCUGGGAGGGAGGUGGAAAUUUGAAGAGGAAGAGAGAGGCAGUCCGGAACUAGGGAGGAGACAAAUGCCAAGACUUUCGGGGGAAGAGGGCGCCUUUUAUGGAAGAGAUGGAGAUGGAGAUGGAGAGAAGAGUGUAAGGUUAAAUGUAUGGAGUAAGACAGGACCAGGGUCGACAGCGUGGAGAGGAAGACACAGUGACAUGCAAAUGAACGAUAUGAGGAGGAUUGCAGAUGCAGAGGGAAAAUGUUGGACGAGAUUUGGGAGAUUCGAGAGACGAGUGACGGUCCAUGAUAUGAUGCUGAUUAGAUUGUCACUGACCCGUCUUGAGUGGUUCUUGGCAAGGAGCCGACCUUCCGAGGAUAACGACUGCACCGUAACCAGACAUUACAUUACCGUUCAUUCUCCUGUACAGCACUCGAGGGUUCUAUUCUUAUCAGAUCAAUCAUCAGGAUGGAAAAGACCCGAGAGCGGGUUAAACAGACGAUCGAUCACACAGCAAACGUCGAGGAUCCCCGAGGUGAAGGAACAACAGACGAGCAGAUGCAAAACAGUUGCAAAGUCAAAACGGGAGCCCCGGUUCUCCUUGGUUCGUGGUUUUCUUUCUUUCUUUCUUGGAUAACCUUAAACGGGAUUGCAUGGCAUGACGCAAAGGUGCCUUUAUUGGUGAGGCGUCCGAAGCCUGUGUUCCAUCCGAGUUCGAAGGUCUCUGCUCUGUGCCGACCGCAGCGACACAAUCCACUCAGAGAUGUCGACGAUGAUCUGGUGUCCGGAUGAGGAUGGUGAAUCGAAACUAGGGAGCACAGCAGAAACAUAAUGUCAUUUAAAUUUGUAUCGAGAGACCGAAGAACCAGAGCUGGG